AAGUUAGAUAAAAUUUCUAUGUUUAUGUUAUGAAAUGGUAAGAAUGGUAUGUUAUGAGAAUAAUGAUAUGCCAUGUAUGUUGAUGGACUAUAAAAUAUGAAGUAUUGUGUAGGAAAAUCUUUUCUAUAUUUGGGAAUAAUUCUUGUGUAGCUGUAUAGUUGAUAUUUUAUUUAUUAUACGGUAUAUUAUUCUGUAAUAUAAGGAGAUUAAUUAAUAGGAUUAUUCUCUUAUUUAUUGUAAUUAUUCUUUCCCUCUUUUAUAGGGAUAUUUGUACUCAAUAUAUACAUAAUUUUUGUUUAGAAAUAAUAUACAUAAAUUACCCAAUAAUAUUUUCUUGGUAUCAUAGACAAAAUCGCACUCUUCCCAAAACCUAAUCACACGGCUUCAUCUUCCUCAUCUUUUCACAAUCGUAUAAACCCUAGCUGCUAAUCACAUCUGAAGCCAAUCCCACCAUGUCUGAAACUCUGCCAACACCCAAGCCAACUCCACAAAUGCCAAUCCCACCAAUUCCACCUCUGUUCCAGCCAAAACCACCACUUUCGAUUCCCACUAUGUCCAAAUAACCAGCAUUCGCUUAAAUGGAGACAACUUUCUGAGAUGGUAUCAAUUUUUUCAGAUGUGUAUGAGAGCCUGAGGAAAAAUGGGAUAUCUAAUUGGUGAAAAGAAGGCUCUGUUGGAGACUGAUCCCACCUAUGACAAUUGGGAUGCAGAAAAAUUUAUGGUAAUGGCGUGGCUUGUUAAUGCUAUGGAGGAAGAUAUCAUCUCAAAUUAUGUGUGUUAUCCCACAGCGAAGGAACUAUGGGACAAUGUUAUUUAGAUAUACUCUAAUUUGAAAAAUCAAUCUCAAAUAUUUGAAUUGAAUGUCAAACUUGGAGAGAUAAGGCAAGAGGAGGACAGCGUUACAAAAUACUUCAAUUCAUUGAAGUGAAUAUGGCAAGAUUUGGAUCUCUUUGACACCUAUGUAUGAAAAUCGGUUGAAGAUGGAAAACAUCACAAGAAAACUAUUGAGAAGAUGCAAAUUUACAAAUUCUUGGCUGGUCUCAAUGUGGAUUUUGGUGAGGUAAGGGGGAGAAUUAUUGGAAGGCAGACCUUGCCUCCAAUUGGUGAAGUAUUCUCAGAGGUCAGGAGGGAGGAGAGUCGACGGAGUGAUAUGCUUGGAAAGAAGGCACUUGGGUCUACUAUUGAAGGCUCAUCACUAGAUGUUGGAGGAAGUUACAGCAAGAACAAUUCAUAUCCUCCUAAAUCUGAUGAAAAACCACGAGUUUGUUGUGAUUUCUUAAACAAGCAUCGCCAUACUCAUGAAACUUGUUGGAGGAUUCAUGGAAAACCUGCAAAUUGGAAGAGAAAAGUUGAGAGAUCAAAUUGUACACUUGUUCCCAAUGAAGCCGAGACCAAUUCUUUCACCAAGGAGCAACUCAAUCAUCUUCAUGCAUUGCUGAAAUCCAAUUCGAACUCUUAUGGUAUUAUUCCAUCUACUGCUUCUAUUGCACAAUCAGGACCAGAGUUCGGGGAAGACGAUUGGCAGUGCUAAGAUGAUUAAUGGUCUCUAUUAUUUUGAAGAUAAUAUUUCAAAGAAUAAAAUUGCUCAGGGGUUUAUUAGCAUUAGUUAUUUUUCUGUUCAUGAUCAAAUAGUGGUUUAGCAUGAUAGAUUGGGCCAUCCUAGUUCUCUAAUUUAAAACAUUUAUUUCCAACUUUGUUUAAACGGUUAAAAUCUUUAUUUUUUCAGUGUGAAAGUUGUUUAUUGGCGAAAAGCCAAUGCAAGUCUUAUGUUAAA